CUUUCUAGAGCCACCGUCAUGGAGGGCUCUCCGGUGACUCUAGAGGUGGAGGUGAUGGCACUCCCCGAGCCCACGCUGACCUGGUGUAAAGAUGAAGAGGCCACCGCGGUGAUUUCCUGUGAGAACGGGAAGCACUUCCUGUUUGUCCCGGAGGCGUCGCACUCAGAUGGGGUUCAGGAUCAGAUCGUCAGCAGCAGUGAUACAUCCUGGGUUCAGGAUCAGGUCGUCAGCAGCAGUGAUAAGUCCUGGGUUCAGGAUCAGGUCGUCAGCAGCAGUGAUAAGUCCUGGGUUCAGGAUGAGAUCGUCAGCAGCAGUGAUAAGUCCUGGGUUCAGGAUCAGAUCGUCAGCAGCAGUGAUAAGUCCUGGGUUCAGGAUCAGAUCGUCAGCAGCAGUGAUAAGUCCUGGGUUCAGGAUCAGGUCGUCAGCAGCAGUGAUAAGUCCUGGGUUCAGGAUCAGAUCGUCAGCAGCAGUGGAGAUUCGUGGCUUAUGUCUGAAGUCUUUGACGUCCUCGCUGUGGACUGGCAGUCCUGGUUGGGGACCCUGUGCGUCCUGCUGUGGCUGCUCUACCUGAUUCUACUUUAACAUCUGUUUUCCACUGCGGGAACUUAACGACUUUCAAAACCUGAACUUCUCAAAAGGUGUUUCCCUCUCCUGUAGUGUGUUAUAUAGGUUGUUGUGAAUGUAAAUGGUCUCCAAAGGCUAAAAUUCCCACUUACAUUGGACACUACAUACUGAUAUACACCUGAACAUCAGCAGGAGAGGACUCUUUAAA